GGGGGGUGGUGUCACAGCCGCAGGCGAGGUCUUGACAAGAAAGCAGCAAAGUGGGGAAGAGUUGUAUUCCGAGAAGUGCGCCAGUGGCCGUGGGUAUCCGCUGAUUGCCAUGUUUUCUUAUCAAUUGAUGGUCUAGAUCUUUGCGGUACCGUGGUUGAGGUUUGGGGAUCAAUCAAUGGCUUGAAAAGGAGGGGUUAUUGAGAGGGGGGAUGACUGAUUGAUAGAGGAGGGUGGUGGUGAAUACGGUUUGAGUUGGCCCUCGUCAUUGGACUGUCCUGAGGAAGGGGGGGCGGGGGGGAGUGGUCAUCUUGGGACUUGGGGCGAGGGCCACUCCACCUUCUUGAGUGGUUUGAGCAUGUUCACUGGUUGGAGACUGCAGGGCGAUGCUCAACUCGAAACUUUGAACCCCUCUUGGUGGUGGUGGUAGUGAGGGGUUCGGACUAUCUCGUGGGGGUUUGGAUGAGUCGUGUGGAGAGGGCACUAGGGAACCUUCUUUUCGAACGGACCUUGGUCGGGGGAGUUUGCAAGUGGGAGGUUUGGGGAGGUGGAUGGGUAUAAAGGGAGGGUUCUUCUCCGGGGGCGGUUGAGGUUUCUUUUUUCUUCUUCUCUCUUCUGCAAAGCGACUGUCGACAGACUACUUCAGACAUCCAACAGAUACCAGUUCAACUUCUCUCGUCAAACACAAACCGGUACAUACCAUGCCUCUUUCUCACAGGAGAAGAAGCAAUGGGUCACUUUGCGCUGGUGAUGGUGGUGUUGUGUGAACCACUCUCAUGAUCAAGACUUGUCAGACAAUAUGUCAUCAGGUAAUUAUCUGAACGCAUGAGCCGGUGCCCCUUUCUCUUCUCAUUAUCUUCUGGAUCAUGACGAGGGAGAGGUGGCUGAGAUCAUACGGCCUCGGAACUUGAUCUGGAUAAUACCAGCGAAAGGAUCAUGCUUCUCGCUCCUCCCCUUUGUUUUUCGAGGAUGAGCUCCCCCCUAACAUCCCUAGAUAACAUACAACCCAUCAAAAUGGCCCCCUCCGCCGUCACCCCUCCCCAGAAGCCCGCCGUUCUGGCCACCCACCCCCUGAAGUCAGUCAAUCUCGACAACAAGACCGACGUCACGCCCACCCCCGCCAUCAAGGAUGACCUCGCCGCCCUCUUCAACAACUGGGACUCGUUCACCUUCGCCCCCAUCCGCGAGUCCACCGUCUCCCGCGCCAUGACCCGCCGCUACUUCAACGACCUGGACACCUACACCGAAUCCGACAUCACCAUCGUCGGCGCCGGCUCGGCCGGUCUCUCGUGCGCCUACGUCCUCGGCACCCUCCGCCCCGACCUCAAGAUCUCCAUCCUCGAAGCCGGCGUCGCUCCCGGCGGCGGUGCCUGGCUCGGCGGCCAGCUCUUCUCUGCCAUGGUCAUGCGCAAGCCUGCCCACCUUUUCCUCGAGCAGGUCGGUGUUCCGUUCGAGGACGAGGGUGACUAUGUCGUCGUCAAGCACGCCGCGCUCUUCACCAGCACCAUCAUGAGCAAGGUCCUUCAGAUGCCCAACGUCAAGCUGUUCAACGCGACGACGGUGGAGGAUUUGAUCACCAGGCAGGACAAGGAGACUGGGGAGGUGAGGAUCGCGGGUGUGGUGACCAACUGGACGCUGGUGAGCAUGCAUCACGAUGAUCAGUCCUGCAUGGACCCCAACACGAUCAACACCAACGUUGUCGUUUCCAUGACUGGUCACGACGGGCCGUUUGGCGCUUUUAGCGUCAAGAGACUGGUCAGCAUGAAGCAGAUCGAGGAGCUGGGCGGGAUGAGGGGGUUGGAUAUGGGCAAGGCUGAGGAUGCGAUUGUGAAGAGGACGAGGGAGAUUGUGCCUGGGUUGGUGGUUGGUGGUAUGGAGCUGAGUGAGGUUGAUGGGGCCAACAGGAUGGGCCCUACCUUUGGUGCCAUGGUCCUCUCUGGUCUCAAGGCUGCCGAGGAGACCCUCAGAGUCUUUGACCAGCGCAAGGCCCAGAACGAUGCCGAGCUCUAAGAGGCUCACAUGACGACAACCUUGAGCAGACAAACAUGGACAUGCUCGAUGGGAACACAUAUACACACGGCAGGCUGAAGGGGAGGUGCCACGUUCCUUGAGAUUUAGCUUUGGCUUUGUGACCUAUCUACCUACCUACCUUGGUCGCCCACAGACAGAUUGUGGGUGCUACACGUACAUGAAAUGGGUAUCACUUUAUGAUCAGUUGCUUCAUGUUGUCCCCAAUGCAAGCAGUGAUAUCAACGUUUCAGAGCCACCAGAUGAUUUGCCACCCGAGAUUCUACCUUGGUCAUCGAAUUUUUGACGAGAAGAAAUAUUAUUACAGC